CUUUUGGAUAGCCAUGUUCAUCGUCUUACUGCUCAUUCUCGGCUUCGAGCCAUUUGCUGCCGCCGGCGAUCCACUGGAGCAGAUCUGCAACACCAGCAUCCCCUAUAAUAGCACCUACCAAGCUAACCUUGAGCUCCUAUCUACUGUGCUAUCCAGGAAUGCCUCAUCCACAGGAACCAACCAGCCCAAGGGCUUCGUCCGAACUGACCAAGACCCCAUUUAUGGCGUCGCACAGUGCCCCGGCGACACCAUCGCAUCUGCAUGCUCCAGCUGCAUCACCACCGCGUUCCAUGAUGCUUGGCGGCUCUGCGGAUCGCAAAUGGACAUGCAUUUCUUGUAUGGGGACUGCAUCGUCCACGUCUCCACUGAGGACCUUGUCUACAACUCCAGUUUUGUGCUACACAGGUUGCUGAUCUUUAGGGACACCACGGAUCCCAGCAUUCAAUUCAUUGAGAUCACCAACUUCACCGACGCCAGCAUUGAUGGCAACAUCAAGGUGCUGCUCCAAGAGACAGCCAAACAGGCAGCCUACAACUCUACAAUGAUGUACGCCACCGGCCGCCUGGAUUUAUCCGAGGGACUGCCGCUGCUGUACUCUAUGGCGCAGUGCAACCUGGACCUACGACCAAAUGACUGCUGGGAUUGCCUCGACAAUAUCAGGAGCGCAGCAAGGGGUUCCUUCCACGAGCAACAUGGUGAAUGGAUUGCUGGUGUUUGGUGUAAUUUCAGGUACAGCACGUAUCAGUUCUACAAUGACCAGCCCACGAAGAAGACCGGCUGGUCAGAUGUUGUAGAUCCAACAACAAACAUGCCGGCGCCAGGGCCGGUUGGUGUUCCAAGGCAGAAAGAUAAGAGUAAGACAAUAUGUUAUUUCUUUCCCCAAAACUAUUUGGAAUUUGGUAAAGUGAGCUCUCAGGAAGAUGAAGAGCUAGUCUGGGGGAUAGGGAGGAGUUCGGAGCUCAAGCUUUUUAACUUUUCACAACUAUCAGAUGCUACGAGUAACUUCUCAGAUGAAAAUAAAUUGGGGCAAGGUGGCUUUGGCCCAGUAUACAAGGGCCAGCUUCCUGAAGGUUUGGAAAUAGCAAUUAAGAGACUAGCUUCGCAGUCUGGGCAGGGUUUCACAGAGUUUAAAAAUGAAGUCCAACUCAUAGCCAAGCUCCAGCACACAAAUUUGGUUAGGCUAUUGGGAUGUUGCUCUCAAGGAGAAGAGAAAAUAUUAAUCUAUGAAUAUUUGGCAAAUAAAAGCUUGGAUUUCUUUAUCUUUGAUGAAACUAAAAAGGCUUUAUUGGAAUGGAACAAAAGAAAAGCGAUUAUCGAAGGGAUCGCACAAGGACUUCUAUAUUUGCAUAAACACUCUCGAUUACGUGUCAUACAUAGAGAUCUUAAAGCAAGCAACAUCCUUUUGGACAUUGAAAUGAAUCCCAAAAUAUCAGAUUUUGGGCUUGCAAAAAUAUUCAGUUCAAAUGAUACUGAAGGGAACACAAAAAGGAUUGCUGGGACAUAUGGGUAUAUGGCUCCCGAGUAUGCUUCAGAGGGUCUCUUCUCAAUCAAAUCUGAUGUAUUCAGCUUUGGUGUGCUGAUUCUCGAGAUCAUCAAUGGAAAAAGAAACUCGUGUUUCCAUCAAAAUGGGGACUUCUUCAACCUUCUUGGAUAUGCAUGGAAGUUGUGGAAAGAGGAAAGAUGGCUGGAGUUCGUCGAUGAAUCAAUAGUUUCAGAGUCUGACAUGUUAGAGACAAUGAGGUGUAUCAACAUCGCACUGCUCUGUGUGCAAGAGAAUGCGGUUGACAGACCCAGCACAACAAGUGUGGUUGCGAUGCUAAGCAGCGAAACUAUGGCCCUGCCUGAACCUAAGCAUCCAGCGUAUUUCGGUUACGGAGGAAGAGCCACCUAGUGCUAAUGAUGUGACAAUGUCUUCUCUACAGGGCAGAUAGUAUCAUCCUGCAUGAUGUGUUUUUCUGUGCUGCUGCUUUGCUGAGGGAGCUCACUCUGUUUUUUUAACACUAAAGUUCUGACAGAAACACACACAAACCUUUGGACUUUGGUUAAAGAUGGCAUGAACGGAAGACAAUCUACUCAUGUCAGUAAAAGAUGACUAAUUAGUGUUUAUAUUGUAAUGUUGAAUCAUAAGCAUACACCUCAGUUGUUGAUGACGAACUGUGAGGUAGAGUACAUUUCAGGUUGGCGUUUGCCUUUGCGUAGAGAAAUAAAAGGGUGGUAGGCUAAGAUUAUGAUUAUUCAUCCAACCACAUAAUCAAGCCUUUGUACAGAAAUCAUAAUCAUAAACACACAUGGCCUAUAUAUUUGGCAUAUGCACUGAAUCGAUUCAACGCAGUGGUAAAAUCCCCGAAGCUGACCUCGUUUGAAGGAUCGAUUCGUUUGACAGAAACACACCUAUGGCAUAUCCUGCUCGAUGUGUCUUUGUGCCGCUGAUUCACUUAGUGUCUUAGGGGGCGCGUUUUGUUCGACACACACAUACACACAUACCUUUGGUCAAACAUGGCAAGAAAGGAAGACAAUCUAUCUACUCAUCUUCAAACAGCAAAAGCAGAUGGCUAAUUAAUUUGCAUAUCGUGACGCCGAAUCGUACGCGCUCACCUCGGUUGCUAAUUUCUAGUGACGACUUCCUGCUCAUGCCAAUGAAUUGUGAAGUGCAGUACAUUUCAGGUUGGAGUGUCUCUUUGUGCAGCAAUGGCAAUGCCUACCUACAAACAAACCUAAGGGUGAUGCAUAUUAUUAGCCCAGGCAUAGAAGCUUUUGCACUGAAAUCUGAAGCACGAACAUCACCGGUGCUGCAGAAUGGCUAUCUUUACUGAAUCGACUCAACUCAGCGGUUCCAUUCCCCCAACAAAAAUCCCCAAAGGAUGGAUCGAAAUCCC